AAAGUGCUAAGAGCUCGAGUUCAGUUCAGAGAUCAUGGUAGUCAACUACUCACCCGGCUCGCACAACUCCGCAUCGACUCCCAGCUCUGUGAUGUGACCCUGGUCGCCGAGGGAACACGUAUCAAAGCCAAUCGAACUCUACUCGCUGCAUGUUCAGAUUAUUUCAAAGCUAUGUUUACAAGCGACAUGGCAGAAAGCCGUUUGCAGGAAAUAGAAAUGGUGGACAUAGAAGCUUCGACGCUUGAUGCUCUAAUCAACUACUGCUAUUCUGGUAAGAUAAAGCUCACUGACGCCAACGUUGUAAAUAUUUUGGGCGGCGCUUGCCUGCUUCAAUUACCUAAAGUUAAGGAAGAGUGCUGUAAUUUUCUGAAGAAAGGGUUAAAUUCGUCAAACUGCCUGAAAAUUCGAAAAAUCGCGGAUACUUAUGCAUGUCCAGAGCUCCUGCAAUUCACUGAGAAAUACAUCCUGCACAACUUUCGGGGAGAACUCAACCUACUUUCAGUUGACCAGUUAACUGAACUAAUUUCAAGUGACAAGCUCAAUGUGCGAUCAGAAAAGCAGGUCUACACUGUAGUGCUUAUGUGGGUCAAGUACGAUCUGCCAGCAAGAAAACAGUUUCUAUCA